CUGAGAGCUAACUCACUUACAACAAGGAAGACAGCUCUGUAAAGCACUUUACAAACACUUGUCAAAACCUUUGGAAAUAUUCAGCUGAACAUCUCAUCAUGUGCAGAGGACUCGAAUCAUUGCCCAUCACCUGCCUGGAGAGGGCAAAGGAGCUGAAAGCUUUGUUUGGAAGUUUACUACAGAAGUCAGAUCACAGCAUCACUGGACAGUUAAAGAAAAGUGACAAACUGAGGUUAAAUGUCGAUGAACCUCUGAAAUGGAAGGAGUCAUUUGAGAAACUGCUGUCCAGCCAAAAUGGACUUUGCCUGUUCAGAGCAUUCCUGGUCUCAGAGUUCAGUGAGGAAAACAUUGCCUUCUACUUGGCUUGUGAGGACUACCGGGUGACUAAACCCUCCAAACUGGCCACGAAGGCUAAGAAAAUAUAUGACGAGUUUAUCGGAUCUGAUGCACCACGAGAGGUAAAUUUGGACCAUGUAACCAAAGCCAUCACAAAGGAGAACAUGGAGUGUCCCAGCCAGUCCUGUUUUGACCUGGCCCAAGCCAGAAUCUACACCCUGAUGGAGAAGGACUGCUACCCUCGCUUCCUCAAGUCCCCCACUUACCUGGAGCUCAACAGAAAGCCCAAGAUGGGCUAAUAGACUUUUUUUUUUAAUCUAGCAAGCAGCAGAUGUGAUGCGAUCACUCCUCAAAUGGACAUAAGCUUACUGACGCACAACAGAGGCUGCAAAGGUUCAGAUGGAACAAAUAUCUCAGUCCAAGGAGUUUCAUGCAGUAUCAUGUGGAGUUGUUUUGGAGAUCUGAGGUUCCAAAUAUGAUCAGGGUCCAAGCUGGAAGCUAAAGGACACUGCGUGAGAAGAGACUGACACAGACUGAGCUACAGGUGGUGUCUGCCUCUGAAAGAGACACAUGUACUGUACACAGAGGGCUGUGUAAACAGCAGCACAGUGGCAGAAAGUAUGAAAUGGAGAGAGAAAUGAGUUUCACACAACAAAACUACCACUGGGAGAGAUGCUAAGUCUUCUCCGUAGCAUUAAUAUUUAUUUAUUUCUUAUUUAUUAAAAGUGAAUUUUUAUUAUGUGAAUGUUUGCUGUGAAAAUUAUUGGUGAAAACUGAUUUGUCUUUUUAUAUGUUUUUUUUUUUUUUUUUAUAUUAAGUACUGUAUGUGAAACUAAGUGCAUUGAAUAAAAUUUUGCCAGUUUUCUGAGA